UGUAUUAUCACUUCGUAUUAUCUUCUAUGUCAGUGACAGCCACUUUGUGUUCAUUUGUUUUGCCUCGUGUAAUUGGAAUCAGAUUUAAGUGGCGUUCAUUUCCUUGGAUUAGAUCUGGUUGUAAACUGUUCUCUCUGAGGUUUUACUGCAUCAGACACAACGUUGGCAAUAUUGCACCAAAAUGAACUUAAGCGAGGUGAUUCAUGAUCAUGAUCAUGAUUGAAUUUGCAGUGAGUUAAAUUGAGCUGCAGAAAAGAGGCAAAUGCAUUGAUGGGAAGUGGUUAAAUCUAUAAGUAAUCCUGCAUUUGUUUCGUUUGUGCCAGAAGUAUCAUGGGUUUCAUAAUUUUUUUAUUGUCAUAAAGCAGCAGUGGUGUGCUGAGGGGAUGGUGGCACCACAAAUCCAACAUGAGGGGGCCAUCCAAAUGAAGGAGGUGGACGUUCAUACUCAAAUUUUGGCAAACCAACUUUCCAUAGCAUUAUAAAGAGAGCCUACUAAAGAAAAUGGUCAUGGUGAAUUUAGCACAUCUAGAGGUUGUGGGUUCGAAUACAGGUGCCAGUCGUCCUCUGUGGAGUUUGGAUAAUCUUCUCAUGUUUACAAGGAGAUACAUUUCAUCAGGGUUCAAAGGCCAGUGUGGGAUGCGAAGAAACUGGUGGUACAUUCGGGCUAAAGGAGCAUGGUGAAACACCAACCCUUGCAGGUCUAUGAGAAGCAAGUGCUUGUGUCCUUUAUCACUGGCAUUUAUGGUUGCCGUUGGAAACGCUACCAACGGUCCCAAGACGACAGCUCCAAGUGGGAGUGUUCGUGGUUUAUCAUCUUGUGUAGCUCCUUUCUCCUGCUUCUUUUUUGGGCCUACUUCUGGUUGGUGGCUCAAAAUGAUUUUGAUGAGUUCAACUGGUCAGUGUAUAACCGUUGUGGAGAAUGGCGGGAUGAGACCAUCCCCAUCCUUGCAAGCACCACCGUGGGAUUCAGCUACAUUUCAGUCUUGAUGAUCUUGGCAUUUUUCCACAUUUCCUUGGGACAACAACUUAAUCUCUACUGGCUCCACAAGGUCGGCGUGCUGGCUACUCUCCUUACUACUAUCUCUGGUGUUGUCUCUGUUGAUGACAUAUGGGCAGAUGAAUGGGAUGUCCUGCUUGUGUCCCUGCAGUCCACAGCACCAUUCCUGCAUAUUGGCGCUCUGACAACAGUCACAGCUCUUAGCUGGCUGGUCGCUGGUUAUGUGGUCCGCAGAGAGCGAUCCAAUUUUCAGAUGAUGGUGUUAAUUGCCUACGUAAUCAUCCUCAUGGCUCUUUGCUUGGCACCGCUGUCAUUCUCCUGCCCCUGCGUGAUGGACAGUCGCAGCCUCAAGCCACGACCAGAAGUCAUUGGUCGACGAGGUGCUCCUAUGCUGGCCCCAGAAAACACGAUGGUGUCCUUCAACAGAGCCCUACAGCAUGGAGCCAGCUCCCUGGAGGCUGAUGUCACUCUGAGUGUGGACGGGGUUCCAUUCCUCAUGCGAGAUCGUACGUUGAGACGAACUACAGAUGUGAGCACGGUAUUUUCUGACAGACAGCAUGACGAUGCCGCUUUCUUCAACUGGACAGAGCUACGCUCACUCAACGCAGGUCGCUGGUUUCUGGAGAAAGAUCCCUACUGGACAGUAGAGACAUUGACCGGGAGGGAUCGGAGCAGAAUAAGCAACCAGACGGUUUGCAGUCUGUUGGAAAUGCUUCGUCUGGCAGUCAGAGCAAACAGCUCCGCGCUGCUCAAUGUCCGCAGGCCCCCUGCAGGCCACCCUCGCUACCGAAGUUGGUUCACGGACACGAUGUGGGCUGUGCAGAAAGCAGGAAUUUCCCAGAAGAGGGUGAGGACUGUGACGUGGACCCCCGACACAGACAGGGGGAGGGUUCGGGGGUUUCAGCAGACCACCAAUGAGAAAUUGUCCAUGGCAGAGAUAAAGCAGAGGGGCAUUACAAGCCUGACCCUUCACUACAGCAAGGCCACCCACAGAGAAAUAGAGGAGUAUCUUGCCAACAAUGUGAGCGUGACAGUCUACCCAGUGAAUGAGCCGUGGCUUUACUCAGUGCUGUGGUGUAGUGGGGUGCCUUCCGUGUCCUCUGAUGCCCCCCAAGUCCUUCGAAAGGUGCCUUCCCCCAUCUGGCUCAUGAGUCAGAAUGCUUACAGCUUCAUCUGGAUCGCUUCAGAUCUGGUCUCACUUGCUGUAGUCAUAGGAAUCUUCAGUUUUCAGAAGUGGAGGGUGAGUGGGAUGCAGAACUGUAACCCUGAACAAAUCAUGCUGAGUGCUGUGCCACAUCGUUCUAAUCGGGAUGUCAACCUCAUGAAGGAGAAGCUCAUUGUUUCAGAACUCAACAAUGGGUUGAGCAGUACGGAGGAGCUGUCACUCUAUCCCGAGAAUGGCAACCCAAGGUACUGUCACAGAGACCUUGGACCUUCAUUUCACAAGGAACAAAUAGAAUGUUAGAUGACUGUUUUGUAGAUAUAUUUUUCUGCAAGUGUUUUCACUUCAUGUACACGGCUAAGUAUUAAUGAAAAGUCAGAAUACAACCAAAUAGCAAAUAUACGUAUAGUAUACGGCACACCUCUUGGAAAUUAUUUUUCCAAAUUGCGUGUAUGCAAGCAAAAACUGUCUUUUUCAUAAUCUUCUGUGUUGUAAGAAGCGGACUCUGCAUUUAUGUGUAUAAUACACUGAUGUAAAUAGGACUUAUUUCAAAUGUUUUUUCCAUUGUGAAAUGCUAUUUGGCGUGUGGAUGUUUUCAUCCAUUGCGCUGGUAACUUGUAACAGGUCUUUUGGGAAAGACUGUCCAUAAAAUAUUGAGGAUAAGCAUUGCACAGUUGUGAGAAUUACUAAACUAUCAGAGUCAGUUGAUAUUACUGCAUCUUUUCUACCAUACCACAAUGUUUUGAAGACAUUGAGUUGUGAAAUCUUUCACGUGGCUGCCUUUUUGUGAAACUGAUAAAAGUCAAAUAUUGGAAGGAUUUUUGUCAUGAGUAUAAUAAGGGACUAUAAUUUCACCUGUCACUUUAAGAUGCAUAUUCAUUAAUAAAAACUAUUUUGAAAUUGUA